GAAAGUGUUAAAGCAAAGUGAGCUUGCUUUGGCUGGCGCGGGGAAGGCGGUCCUAAACAUCACUUGACAGGUGAGAAAAGAUUCUGGUUUCUGUGCAACCCACCUCAUUCCAGCUAUCAAAAGGCACAAAAGACCCCAAACUCAUAGACCCCUUGUCCUCUUGGUGAGAAGUAGCCAGUUCCACCGUUCUAGGGAAGAAAAUGUCCACCGAGCAGAAAGCGGUGUCUGCUCCAGAUUCAGACGCUCGGUCUCCAGAGCAGAGGGUGACCACAGCCAUCAAAGCGGAGAAGCAAGCAUCGUCUGGAAUUCAGCCGGUGGAGGCUUCCAGCAGGGUGGGGGGCCUUCCACGAGUCAUUCAGGUGGGGACCAUCGGGGAGUAUCUGAAAAAGCCCUCGCCACAGGUGAAGCAGGAGCCAGAGAAGGGGCUGUCGGAGCGCUGGGAGGCUCAGUGGCAGGCGUUCCUGCACACCAUGCAGUCCUCGCAUUCCGGGUGGGGAUACGUGGAGCCAUCGGAGGCCGCGCAGCACAACGGUACUCCUGACUUCUUUUCUGCUGAGGAGGGAGAGGACUGCCCAGCAGCCAAAGAGCACGGGACCAAACAGUCGUCCCAGCUUGCUGGGAAGAAUCCAGAGGCCUGUGGCCGGGAGGGUGUUGGAAACAGCAGGAGCCUUCAAAAAGAAAGAGAAAAGACUCUGAAGGAGGAGGCAGGGAGCGCGGAGUUGCAGCGCCAACGCUUCCGCCAGUUCUGCUACCAGGAAGCCGAGGGCCCCCGAGAGACCUUUUGCCGACUGUGGUACCUCUGCCAUCAGUGGCUGAAGCCGGAGAAGCACACCAAAGAGCAAAUCCUGGAUCUGCUGAUCCUGGAGCACUUCCUGACCAUCCUGCCCCCUGAAAUGCAGAGCUGGGUGAAGAGGAGCCACCCACAAACUUGCUCCCAAGCAGUCGCCCUGGCGGAGGAUUUCCUGCUGAAGCAGCAGGAAAACAAAAGGCAGACGCAGACGGUCCUGUUCCAAGUGGUGACGGUGAAUUUCCCAGUUGGGGAGGAGGAACCUUCUAAAAACCUCCACAGGAACCCAGACAGGGAGGCUAAUACAGAAAGAAAAGGACAUGUUGCUAACCCUCUGGCAGCUGUGGAUGCUUGGAGCAGGAAGCCCUGGGGAAGAACCACCCAUCAGGAAUUCAUGACUGAGUUUGCAAAUCAGGACCGACGGAAUCGCUCAGAGGCCAAACCCGCCGAGAGCCGGCAGGACAGGUCUGCUGCUCAGGGACCUGGGUUCACUCAUCCCCCAGAGCCCCUGAGGACCCGGAAGGUGAAAAGCCGGAAGAUUUGCAACGUCUGUGGGAAGAGUUUCAGCUACAACUCGAACUUGAAGCGUCACUGGAGGACUCACACAGGCGAGAAGCCGUACGGCUGCUCAUACUGCGGGGAACGCUUCAACCAGGCCACGAAUCUCAUCCGGCAUCAGAGGAUCCACACGGGAGAGAAGCCGUACAAAUGCUCAGAUUGCGGGAAGAGCUUCAACCAGAGCCUGCAACUCAUUCGGCACCGGAAAACUCGCUUCAAUUGCAACUAAAGCAGGCGGCAGAGAAAUGGGGCUGUGGUGGGGCUAUGAGUCCAGGCAAGCACCGGAGGAACACCUAGCACAGAAUUCCCAAGAAUUCUGGACCAUCUUGGUUUUCCAGUGGGAAGACUGCAACUGUGCCUUGGGCUGCAAAGAUUUUUGGUAGGCAUAGCAUGUGAUUUUGGAGAGAAGGGGGCACGACGUUUGCUGGGAGGUGGAGCAGGAAGAGAUGGCCUGUCACCUUCCUUUUCCUUCUGCCAAUAAUGAGCAAAAAAGGGUUCUGAGAUCCAGAGGGAGAUACGGUUGGCAUCCAUUGUAUGUUUUGGUGUGUGUGUGUUUUUUUAAUUUUGCUUUUCCAGGGAGAGGGAUUGUUGGCAAAAAGGGGAUUGGGGGGGCUGUGGGUCAUUUGAUGGAAAUGCCAACCCAGUGUGAAAUUGCUGUUAAAAAAAAAAAAGGCCAUCUGAGAUGGAGUUCUUUCGGAAAGGAAAUUCAAAUAAAAUUGCCAAUAAUACCAU